CCUCCUCUCUCUCUCUCUCUCUCUCACUCACUAAUUAUCAUCUCCACCUCCGCCGCAUGGACCCACAGCCCCAGCCUGCUGCUCAACCGCCUACUCCUCUCUCCGCCGCUCCCAUCCCACCCUCUUCCGCCGCCCCACCUACCUCCGCCGUCUACCCCGAUUCCGUCGAUUCUUCGCCUCGCUCCCGCACCACAGAGUCCUUCUACGAUGAACCGCCCCCUAUUUCUUCCAAGCUCCGCCUCAUGUGCUCCUACGGCGGCCGAAUCGUCCCCCGUCCCCACGACAAGUCCCUCUGCUACGUCGGCGGCGACACCCGCAUCGUCGUCGUCGACCGCCAAGCCUCGCUGUCCGGUCUCUCCGCUAAGCUCUCCACCACUCUCUUGAACGGCCGCCCCUUCACGCUCAAGUACCAGUUGCCCUGCGAGGACUUGGAUUCCCUCAUCUCCCUCACCACCGACGAGGAUUUGGAUAACAUGAUCGAUGAGUACGACCGCACCUCCACCGGCGCCCCCUCCAAUUCCUCCAAACCCUCGCGGCUGCGGUUGUUCCUCUUCCCCGUGAAGCCCGAUUCCUCGCAGUCAAUUGGCCCGAUUCUGGAGAACACCGCCGCCAAGGAUGAGUGGUUUUUGAAUGCCUUGAACGGGGCCACGCCUGGGAUGUUGAAUAGAGGGUUUUCCGAUUCUGCUUCUGUGAAUUGCUUGCUGGGACUAGACGAUCAUCCCGAUUUGCCUGGUUCUGGAGGCGGCGAUGGUGGAGGAGCCAGUGCCGCCGGCGUCGGGGUCAGAGAUGGACAAGGAUUGAACAAAAACGGGAAGCAAGGGCAAGAUGUUCACUCGGUGCCCGAUUCUCCCAUGCUGGAAACCACAUCUUCGUUUGGGUCGACUUCUUCCUCGCCUUCCCUCGCGAAUUUGCCUCCGAUUAGAGUGAAGGUCGACGACGGGGUUAGAGCUGUUGCUCAGGAUCAGAUCGAGGAGCAGUUUGCUCAUGUUAGUGUGGGCAGUGGCCGCGGUGGUGGACACAACCCAGACGAGGGUUUUGUGAUCAUCUCAUCCCCACCGCCGAUACCAGUUUCGAUCACUGUAUCUGGAGUCCCUGAUGGCUCUCCGGUGAUUGGUGGUGGUCGGUAUCAGAAUCGAAUCAUCUCUGAUGAUGAGAGAUCUGAUCAUGGUGUACCAGUGGAGUACAGAAGGCCUCCGCCGCCACAAUCUCAGCCGCAGAUGCCUCCUCCGCUGCAGACACAACAACAAAGAUCAACUGGUGUUGGUAGUGGCGGCGGGGCCAGUGAUCUGCCUUCUCCAGAUUCCAUGUCAAGUGAUAGUAGCUUUAGCAAUGCCGUGAAUAGACAACAAAAGCCUGGAAUUAAUCAAGAACAACAGGCAAUGCAAAUUCCACCUGGAGCAAACAGGGUGGUUGCUUCUAACCUUGUGGAUCCAAACCCCACCCAUGUUCAGGUUCAACAGCAGCUUCAAGAUUCCGGUAAUCUAUUGCUAGCACAAUUCGAGCAACAACAACAACACCAGCAGCAGCAACAGCAGCUGCAGUAUACACACGCUGGUGGUCAUUACAUUCAGCAUCACCCUUCUGGGGCUGUACAAAUUCCAGCUUACUACCCUGUCUACACACAGCAGCAGCAGCAACAACAUAUCCAUCAAAUGGAUCAUCAUCAGCAAUACUCAGUGUACUAUGUGCAAGCAAGACAGCCUCAAGCCUAUAAUAUGCCGCCAGUGCAACAACCACAAUCUGGUGUUGGUGAACCUGCAAACAAUGGCGAAAGGUUACAAAUGCCUACCACUAUACCUUCAAUGUUGCAUCAGCCUGCCGCAGCAGGUUACAACCCUAUGAGAAAUGCUCCUGUCCCCAAGCCUGAAAUGAUGUACAGAACAACAAAUGCCGGGACGCCACAGCUUAUUGCAUUGUCUUCUUCUGGGCAGCAGCAAUAUGUUGGGUACUCACAAGUUCAUCAUCAUCCAUCUCAGUCUAUGGCCCCUGCGGCUGCUUCGGCUGGAAAUCCAAGUUAUGGGUAUGAGUUUGUUAAUCCUGGACCAGGUCAUGGUCCGAUAUAUUACACUCAGCCUAUGGCGCCAUCAAUGCAACCUUCCCCGUACCAAACCAUGACAACCGGUGGUGGAGGUGUUGUGUUGCCAGAAGGGUCUGCUCAGAUUCCAGCCGACCCAACCAAGCAGCAGCAGGUCAAGACUUCGCAACCAUUAUAGUCGAGGGGGAGAAGAAGAAACUAGGAGGAAAAGGGAAGUCUAUCCUGAGAGAGAAUAGAACAGAAGGAAGUGGAGAAGGGAACAAUUUUGAAGCAAAUGGUAUUGUGAGAUUAUAAGUUUGUGGUGGUGUUAGAGUCUUGUUUUAUUCUUGGGAAUUUUUUUAUAAUUAAUAUUGGGGUUUUGGUGAGAUAAAUGUAGUUUUGUGGUAGAUAAUAAGGAACUUAUGGUCUGGUGGUGUCUAUUUGUAUUGUCAUAUUAUUGUUACAGCUACUGCUGUUAUAGAAAGAUGAAAGUGGUCAGGUCUGGGUAUAUUAUUAUACUGUAAAACCUUCAAUACUGGAACAUCUAGCUGGUUGAUUUGAUUCGGCAUCUCGGAUUGGGUUCUUAAUUCAGGUAAGCAGUAGUGUUUUGCUGUCUAUUCUUUCUGUGGUACUAACCGUUGCAUUUGAUUGGUGUUGUAGAUACGUGGAUACUGAAAACGGCUCAUCCAGCCUAGGACAAUUUUAGUUGCAUUUUCCAGCGGCGGCAGCAGCAGCAGCUUUCCUAUCAGUGGUAGAUGUAAAAAUGUGUAAUUAUGAUGACUUUCCUUUGCCUAACUUUCUUUUCUUUGUAGGAAAGAUAUAGUUUGCGUGAAGUUGCAAUCUAU